AAAACGUUGCACAAUAAUAUUACCAGAUGGAGAAAAACUAAUCGCUAAAAUUCGAGUCGGUAUAGAUGUUGCCGAAUUCAAACACAUCAUUCACGACAAGGUUUCCACACAUUUAGGAAUACCCCAGGAAUUACUGCAGUUGUACAUCAACGGUAAAAUGAUAAUUCAUCAAGAGCAGAUCGAGCACGAUGAGAUGAAUAUUUACGUAUUGAUGGGCUUGAAAGGGGGUGUGCGACAAACAUCAACUCCAAGCAGAAGUGAUAUUUACACGCAACUUGAUAGCACCCAUGAAAGCUUCGCUUGCAAUUGCAAUGGUGCAUGCAAUUGCCAUAUGUUUACGGGGAAUCUUUCACCUAUAACAAAUCAGCACAAAGACGACGCUAAAACACGUGCAAGUUCAAGUACACCAUUAAGAGACUCUUUCGUAUAUGAGAAGUCGCCCAAUUUUCAGAGCUCUUCUACAAUUCGGGAUUCAGUCUACUUCGAGCCCUCAUCUCCAAUUGAUUCCGUUUUCCAAGAGAAGAAUACCUCCCGGGAUCUGAUUAAUUUUGAACAUUCAUCCCCGAUCGAUUCAAACAAUGGUAUCAGUCUUUCUAAAGAUCAACAUCCACUAUAUGGUUCCGAGGUCGAAAAACGCCGUAAAUAUAUUGACAAUGUUACCCUAAAACGAUCAUUACGAGAGUCAACACAAUUUGAAUUUUCAUCGCCUUUGGAGGAAGAUAAGACACUGGUAUCUAAUGGCUGUGAAACAAAUGUAUUUUCAUUUGAAAGUGAAAGUGAUUCCAGUGUGCGCAGUUGUCAAAGGGUCGAUAAAUCUAAAUUGAACAAACGACAAUUUAAAAGAAAAGUGUCAAAGUCCUUAUUCCAGC